ACACAAAACCAGGAAACUACUUUUCAAGCGACUGUCUCUGUCUGUCUGUAUAUUAGUGAAAUAUGGCAGAAGCUCAUAUUUUUAAGGACAAGUUCAGCUGUUCAGUGUGUUUGGAUCUCCUGAAGGAUCCAGUGACCAUUCCCUGUGGACACAGUUACUGUAUGAUCUGUAUUACAAACUGCUGGGAUCAGGAUGAGAUGAGAAUCUACAGCUGCCCUCAAUGUAGACAAACCUUCACACCAAGACCUGUUUUAUUUAAAAAUGUGAUGAUUGCUGAAAUGGUGGAGGAACUGAAGAAGACAAAACUUCAGACUGCUGUUCCUGCUGACUCUUAUGCUGAAGCUGGAGAUGUGGAGUGUGACGCCUGUACUGAGAGAAAAUACAAAGCUGUCAAGUCCUGUCUGGAGUGUCUGAAGUCUUACUGUCAAAAUCAUCUUAAACAACAUGAGAAUUUCUUCAAUGACAGGAGGCAUCAUUUGAUGAAUCCCACCAAACAACUUCAUGAGAUGAUCUGCUCAAAACAUAAUAAACAACUAGAAAUCUACUGUCGCACCGACCAACACUGCAUUUGUUAUCUGUGUACGAUGGACGAACAUAAAAACCAUGAUACUGUGACAGCUGUAGCAGAAAGAACUGAGAAACAGAGAGUUUUGGGAGAGCGACAGAGAAAAUUACAUCAGAUAAUUGAGGAGAGAGAGAAGGAGCUUCAGGAGCUGAGAGAGGCUGUGGACUCUCAUGCGCGCUCUGCACAGACAGCAGUGGAGGACAGUGAGAGGAUCUUUACUGAACUGAUCCGAUCCAUUGAGAGAAGACGAUCUGAGGUGACACAACUGAUCAGAGAUCAGGAAAAGACUGCAGUGAGUCGAGCUGAAGGAGUCAUGAAGCGUCUGGAGGAGGAGAUUGAUGAUCUGAGGAGGAGAGACGCUGAACUGAAGCAGUUUUCACACACAGACAAUCACAUCCAUUUCCUACAGGGUUUUCAGUCUCUGUCUGCAGCUCUUGAGUCUUCAGUCUCACACAGAUUUACUCUCAGCUCUCUUCUCUCUUUUGAUGAUGUGAGAAAAUCUCUCUCUCAACUGAAAGACAAACUGGAGGAUUUCUGUAGAGAGGAGAUAUCUGAGACGCAGGCCAAGAGCUUUAUUUCUGAUGAAUUGAAGAGCAGGGAGGAUUUCUUACAAUAUUUCAAGCAGUUCACACUGGAUUCAAACACAGUUCAUGAAAACAUUCAGCUGUCUGAUGGGAACAGAACGGCUACUAACACUGACACAGUCCAUCAGUAUCCUGAUCAUCCAGACAGAUUUGAUUACUGUCUUCAGGUGUUGUGUAGAGAGAGUUUGUGUGAACGCUGUUACUGGGAGGUUGAGUGGAGUGGUCAGGUGUUUAUAUCAGUGUCAUAUAAGAGCAUCAGCAGGAAGGGAUCGGGUAAUGAGUGUAUGUUUGGAUAUAAUGAUCAGUCCUGGAGUUUGAUUUGCAAAGACUCCAGCUGCUCAUUCAGGCACAAUAAAAAACACACUGAUCUCCCUGUAGUGUCGAGCUCCUGUAGAAUAGGAGUGUAUGUGGAUCACAGUAUAGGAUCUCUGUCCUUCUACAGCGUCUCUGAUACAAUGAACCUCAUACACAGAGUCAACACCACAUUCACUAAACCACUUUAUCCUGGAUUUAACAUCAUUUCAGGUUCAGUGAAGUUAUGUAAUCUUGCAGUGUAGAUGACAUUAAGAUUCUCAGUAAUGCUGUAAACUUUGACUAAAGAAAAGAAAGAGAAACAAUUCCCUGCCAGUGACGCUUCCCUGAAGAGUAAAUCUAUUAUCCAAUAGAUUGCACUCUUACCCAAUUUAUAAAAAAAACUGAAUCAAAACAAAUUGUUUUGAUAAUCCGUGUAUGUUUUCAUCAUCGUUCUGAAUCUGAUCUCUAACAAAAUCCCUUUACAAAAAUGCAAUUAUUUCAGCUUUUUGUCCAAAAUUUGGUAUUUUUAAAGACACCUACCCAUAUUUAAGAGGUUGUAAAAGAGAACAAACGAAGAUAGGAUAAAAAAUUUCAGUUUUGUUUGUUUAUUUGUUUGUUUGAAAGCAGAUUUUCUGUUCUUUCAUUUGAUAUAUUUGUAUGUUUAUAUAUUUUUAGAAGACAAUUUUUGUUGAAGGCAUUUUGUGAAACUUUUGUGAAAAUCAGCCUAAAAAAAGGCUGGCAGGGAAUGAGAUUAUUUUAAUAAUGAAUAAUUUUCAAUUCAGGGUUGUGGGGUGAUUGGGACAAGAUUGUUGAAAAAAAUAAAAAUCUGAAAAUGAAGAGAUGAGUAUUAAACACACACACACACACACACACACACACACACACACACACACACACACACACACACACACACACACACACACACACACACACAGAGAGAGAGAGUCCUGUAUCUAUAAAUGAUGUUCAUCAUCUAGUACAGUGAUUAUAAUCGAGUAAAGUGAGUGUAGGAACAAACUUUAACCAACAGAGGGAAGCAGUAGAUAAUAAAUAUAAAACAGCAUUACAUUAUUCAUUUAUAUCCUUUGUGUUUUGUCAUAUAGGAUUUGUAUACAUUAUGUAAAUGUCACAGAGUCAUGUUCUGUUUUAGUCUUUAUCCACUUAUUUAUUUACAGACAACACUGAUAUACAAAUUCAACAACUGUUUGUAUUUGAUGACCUGUUUGAUAUCUUGGGUCACACUUAGACUGUAAGUUGUGUUUUUAACUUGCGUAUGUUUAAACUUUAUUAACUUGAAUGCAUUUAACUUGAUCUUGAACUACAGCUCACUUGAUGAACAAUUUGCCCUAAAUGUUUCUUAAAUUUUAUGAUCCAUUUGGUUGUAAUGUUGUGAUUCUUCAAGCAACAACUGAAAUAAGUUAUGAUCAUGGUUAUUAUGAGAGUAAGACACAUUGGCUUUUGAAUUUUGUGUCAUACCAUGAUAUGAAUGAGGGAGAGUUUGGACUUUUGUUUGAAUGCUAAAGAUCUUUAUGUACUUAUUACCAGUGUGUAAUUUAAAUCCUAUUUAUUUACAUCUAUACAGAUAUGUAUAGAUGCAUAGAUGAAAAAUUCCAAUCAUUUUAAGUAAGCAGCCCUUUAUUCAGACUUUAGCAGCAACAUAUUUGACCAAACUGACUCAUUAUGAUAGUUUACAAAUCUCUCUAAAUUGUAACCACUGUGAUCUGCAAUAUCAAUUAAAAUAUUUGUGUUAAAAAUGAUUUUUUUUUUUCAAACUGAAUAAAUGCUGUCUCUUGAAAUUCAAUAUCUUAUUUUUCUAUGGGAGACAGCAGACGUUCUCUCCAACAGGAAAGUUUCUCGGCCUAGAGGGCGAGCACAGACAACAGGGACACGGCACAGCACUGCAAAACUUCAGGUUUACACACGUCAAAGACAGACUCACCCACUGCACUACACACACUUCAGUGAUUUUUAGGGUCGGCACUCCACACCCGGUCGAGAUUCGUCCUGGAAGA